AAGACAAUAUUGUUCCUAAGACAUAAGUUUGGUUUUAAAUGUACUUCUUCUGUCUCUCUCCUCGCCACCACAGUCCACCGAUCAUGGCCACCGCCCUCCUGCGCUUGUGUUGAUCUCUAUCUCUCUUUCCUCUCCAAGGUCUCUUCUCUUUCUUCAGCCAAACUUCAUAUGCUUCUCUGUUUUCUUGGAUCGUUGGCUCAAUUCUCUGUUUCGUGGAAACCAUUCUGUCGAGGAGAAAUCUAGUUCAAAGUUUAUCCUUUUGACCCCGAUUUGGUUUUGGAAUCUGUGUAAGUGACAUCGAUUUGAUUUUGGAAGAAUCUGUGGGAUCUAUAUAUCAUCUAUGGAUCUGAAAGUCAUGAACUUUGCUCUGUUUUGUUGAUCUGUGGCAAAAAAAAAAGGAGCAAACUUUACUCUGUUUUGGGUUCGUGAAAGUUUGUGUCUUUGAUCUCUCAUGUCGACUAGUGUCCAAGUAGAGACAAUGGAACUUGAUUUGAACCAAAACCCAUCUCCUGGUUCCGAGAUUUCUCCAUGGUUAAACGAGCUCGAGACUACUACUCACUCGCGGAUCGAAGAACGCAUCAGACAGCUCCAAGCAAUAGUUUCAAGAAUCAGGCAACGAGAAACAACAACAACACAAGCACUGCCUUUAGUGCCCUCUUAUGAACAUAGAGACUCUUCACAGGUCGAAAACAACGGGGACAACAAGACUUACUUGAUAGCAAAGGCACUGAACAUGGAGAGAACGAGCUCUACUGUUCCUUGUGGUGGGUACUUUGACUGUAACAUAUGUUUAGAGAGAGCUCAAGAUCCGGUUCUGACUUGUUGUGGUCACUUGUUCUGCUGGGGAUGUUUCUAUCAUCUGCCUCUUGUUUAUCUAAACAUUAAAGAAUGUCCGGUUUGCGAUGGGGAAGUGACUGACGCCGAGGUGAUUCCCAUAUACGGUAACAAUGAAGAUGAUAGAGACGGUGGUAAAGGCCUUCUUCUGCCUCCAAGGCCUAGUGCUAGAAGAGUGGCAACCGUUCGAGAAAAGAUUAUAGGACUGCAAGCUCUUUUAGCUCAGGAGGAUGAGUUUGGUCUGAGCAAUAUAGUAGCAAGUGGAGGAGGAGGAGACAAUAGUGGGCAACAACAACAACAACAACAUCAUCAUCCACCUUUUGCUUCUUUCCCAAGUCUUGUAGUCCAUACCUCGGAGAUUCCACCUUUUGAUGAUGCUGAUAGUUUUGUUGACGCAACUAGUUUGAGAAGGAGCCGUCGUAGGUCUUCUCGUAUUGCUGAGGUUGGUGUACGAGCUUCUCUUCGGAGGAGAAGCCAAACUGUUAACCCUACUGGGGUGGUUACAUCGGCUUCAUCGUCUAGGAGGAGGACAGAAGAUGUGAAUAGUGGACCUCAGACCACGUCUAGAAGGAGGAGGCUAAGGUAAACAGUGGACACUGCUGGAAUCUUGAAACACUGCUGAAUCUCCAUCAUUACAAAAGCUUAUGUGACCAUGUCUUGGAUGUAUGUAUAUUUUUGUGUUUGCAAGAUCUGUGCCUGUGUAAAGCUUUACCCAGCCCAUAAGAAGGAUCAGUUUAUUUUCAAAA